UGCGCAAUCAAGCACGGAAAUAACUAACAGCUGUUCUACAAUAUUCCGUCGGACUCGAGCGACUCAGGAGGUAGUUGCGUACGAAUGACCACGCAAACUUUCCUUGGAAGUGCAUUGUUUGUAUAAUAGUAGUUUAACAGUAUUCUUAUUGUUAGCUAUUUUGUGUGCAACAAUACAGUCGAAACAGUAUUUUCGUUUGCGUGUGUCGAAAUCGUGGCGUUAUCUGUGAUCCAUGAGAUGUUGUGACUUGUAAUGUUUACCAAAAUUCAUUCGUUGUUGUGACCGAGACGAGUUGAAAUGUCUCGAGACGUGGACGGGAGAGAUUAGUGUUAUGUCGAUAGAAUCUCUACUUAGAUAGAAAUUUAGUUAGAGACAAUAAACGAUUCCUAGAAAAGAUGUCGAAUACGGUACCGACGAGUUCCGCUCUGAGGGCUUUGGCCUUAGAGUACAAGAGCCUGCAAGAGGAACCUGUUGAGGGGUUCCGAGUGAAGUUACUUGGUGAGGACAAUUUGUUUGAGUGGGAAGUCGCAAUCUUUGGACCACCAGACACGUUAUAUCAAGGAGGAUAUUUCAAGGCACAUAUGAAAUUCCCUCCAGACUACCCAUAUUCUCCGCCCACGAUUAGGUUUUUAACAAAAGUAUGGCAUCCAAAUGUUUACGAGAACGGAGACCUCUGUAUAUCCAUUCUCCAUCCGCCAGUAGAUGAUCCCCAGUCCGGGGAAUUACCCUGCGAGCGUUGGAACCCGACUCAGUCUGUCCGCACGGUGCUCCUCUCGGUGAUAUCGCUACUGAACGAACCAAACACCUUCAGUCCAGCGAACGUGGACGCCAGUGUUAUGUACCGCCGCUGGAGAGACUCCAAGGGCAAGGAUAAGGAGUACGAGAAUAUUAUAAGGAAGCAAGCACAAGUGGCUCGCAUGGACGCGGAAAAGGAGGGAAUAGUUGUACCUUUAACGUUAGAAGAUUAUUGUAUUAAGACACAAGUUAAAUCAUCAACGCAAGAACCUCAGUUGGAUAUGACAGACUUCUAUGAUGAUGAUUACGAUGAUCUAGACACGGACUCGGAGGGUGAGAUAGAGGGAGGGGAGGACGGGGAUGACAGCGGCAACGGCGAGUCGUGAGGCCACGCCCCUCUUACUACCGAGAUCUCGCGCAAUCGCGUACGGACCACCAGGCGGCUCUAGCGUCGGCAUUGACAGUUGACGGUCUUUGACAGGGUGCGUCUUUUUGGCGUUGACAGUUGGCGGUCCUUGACAUCAUUCAGUUUUAUAAAUUUAUAUUAUAAGUGAAAAUGACAAUAGAAUGUCAUUUUAUAAUGAUGUGGUCUGCGACAGAACAGUCGCAUCUAAAUAUGAAAUCAUCGGAAAAUCACGUUUCUGUCUGUACCCGCAUUAUAACUACUGAGCAACCCAUGCGAUAAGAAUACUUUCAGUAAAUUAAUAAUACUAGAGAUCGCCCAAUGGUCGAAAUUCUACCUUACUUGCAGCGACAUUAGGAGUACUACCUAUAUUUUGUAAAAAUUUUGACUUCAUCAUAGUGUUUUCAA